GUUUAAUUACUAAAUUUUGAGGCCCGAAUCGAUGGUUUUAGUUGCUUUCCUUCUAUACCAGUCAUGCGGCCUUGCAUACAAGUGCAGAACUGCAGAUUGCAAAAAUCUUAUCUUAUUUCCACGUGUAUCGUUUGAUUAAGCAGUUGGAUUAUAAUCUUACGGUUUUAAAAGUUGGGGCGUAAUCCUAAUGAGAAUCAGGAUUGAAGCACUUGGAGAACCUUAUCAUGAUGAUUAGGGUAAAGAAGGUGACUCCUUAUAAGUAGAGAGUGAAACACCUUGACUAUCCAGAGCAAAAAAACACUAGUUAAGAGAUUCAGGUUACCUUCAAGUUACAAAUUGAGACAAUCUUGUUCUUUGUUUGUUAGAUUACCUUCUAUUCUUGAUUGUGUUUUCCGAAGAUUUUUUAGAACCAAUCCACUUGUUUUUCCUAAUACAGGGGUGGUGUUUUCGUGGUGGUAAAAGGAUAAAAUUUCUUGAGAAUGCCUGCAUACAUUUCUGAGGUUUGGUUUGUAAUUAUUUGCAAAAUCAAACGGCAAUAAACUGUUUUUCAUUGUUUUUGUUAUUAUAUAUGCUCAAAUUAAAUGCAGAGAUUUUGGUUGCUGAAACUCAUUGACAUUUCAACGAUUUUUUUGGAUUCUUGUACUAUAUGUUUUUCUAUUGGAUAAACAGUAAAACCAUCUCGCUUUAGAUUCUAGUAUAAUUCAUUCUUUGACGAAUACUCUUAUUUAGAUUCUAGUUGUUAGAGACAUUGACAUGUGACUCCAUGGCUUUAUACAUCAAUAAAAUAAUCCAGUUGUUAUGAAAUAAUCCAAUUAUUUAAUGAUCUUCAUGUUAGGAUAUAUGUUAAGGUGUAAUAGUUUAAUGGAAAGCUUGUGUAACUUACGAUGCAGGAGAAGUUGUUCUUCAACAAGAAACCUUUCGGAUCCAAAAUCUCAGACAACAACGAAAUUGAAGAACUUGAUCAAGAGAAUUUGGUUGUGACAAGACAAGAAGUUAAUGAUGAUUCCAAAGUGGCACCGAGAGAUGUAGUAGCUACAUCAACAAGUGUCUCUAAGAAGGCUUUAACCUUGGGAGAUAUUUUAUCAUUGGAGGAUUCCCAAAGCCCACCCAACAAAAACAACACUAAUGGACCUGAAGAAAACAUGGUCCAUCAUAACCCACAUCUGGAGAUAACAGAGGAAUCAGAAGCAGACAACUCUUGUGAUGACAACAAUCUCUUGAAAAGGAAUCUCCCAAAUGGUUUCGGGGAAAUAAGUUUCUGUGAAGCAAAGUCGAGUUUAGAUUAUAUUACUUACUGUGGACCACUCUCAGGCUCCGAAAACCUCUCUAUUCGUUCUGAUGGAACCAGCGCAAGCUCUUUUGCUCUCCCAAUACUGCAAUCGGAGUGGAACAGCAGUCCUGUAAGAAUGGGGAAAGCUGAGGAGACGCAACUUCGAAUGGUGAUAGCUGAGGAGAGAAAAGUUCGAAAGGAUAAAGCUGAGAAGACACAACUUCGAAAGGAGAAAGCUGAGGAGUCACAACUUCGAGAGGUGAAAGCUGAGGAGACUCAACUUCGAAUGGUGAAAGCUGAGGAGACUCAACUUCGAAAGGAGAAAGCUGAGGAAACACAACUUCGAAUGGUGAUAGCUGAGGAGAGACAACUUCGAAAGGAGAAAGAUGAGAAGAGACAACUUCGAAAGGGGAAGAAAGGAUGGAGACAUUACUCUUCUCUUCUCUGUUGUAGAUUCUGAUGGAUUCUAUCAGAGGAUUUUUAACCUUUUUAGGCUUUGCAUUCAAUAUACAAAGACCGUUCGAAUAAGAACAGAAAAUAGUGGUUUUUCUGUAAUGUAUUAUUUCGUAGACCUCAAAUACUUUAUAUUCAAUUUUUUGAGAGUUAGGUUUGUUUUAGUUUUCAUAUGUUGCUUCAAUCACAAGGAAAACCUAUAUACACCUUGUGCAGCAAACGAU